AUGUCUGAAGAAAAAGUAACCACUGACAUUAUCACGUUGACUCGCCACGUUCUUGAUGAGCAACGCAAACACAAAGAAGCAAGUGGUGAUCUAACGUUGUUGUUGAAUACCAUUCAACUGGGAUGUAAAUUCGUAGCUACCAACGUCAGGAAAGCAAGGCUGUUGAAUCUGGUUGGAUUAGCCGGAGGUGCAACCAAUAUCUCGGGCGACGAACAGAAAAAAUUGGACGUCAUUUCCAACGAGAUUUUCGUUAAUGCCCUUCGUUCUUCUGGAAAAGUGGCUGUCAUGGUAUCAGAAGAAGACGACGAAGCAAUUAUAGUCGAGGAUGGCUUGAAAGGAAAGUACUGUGUCGUGUUUGAUCCAUUAGAUGGAUCUUCAAAUAUUGAUGCUGGUGUCAACGUUGGUACCAUUUUUGGUAUUUACAGAGUGAGAGAAGACUCCACUGGCACCGUUGAGGAUGUAUUGAGGCCUGGUAGAGAAAUGGUAAUUGCCGGAUACUGCAUGUAUGGUAGUUCGGCCAACUUGGUUAUUUCCCUGGGCAAUGGUGUCAAUGGAUAUACGCUUGAUAAUUCAAUUGGCGAAUUUAUACUCACGCAUCCAAACAUAAAAAUCCCUCCCCGCGGCAAAAUUUAUUCUGUCAACGAGGGUAAUGCCUCGUUCUGGUAUCCAGCAUGCACCGAGUAUUUCAAUUCACUCAAAUUCCCACCCAGCGGUAAAAACCCUUACUCGGCACGUUACAUAGGUUCUAUGGUUGCUGAUGUCCACCGCACUCUUUUGUACGGUGGCAUCUUUGCAUACCCUGCUGACAAGAAAUCAAAGAAUGGCAAACUUCGUUUGUUAUAUGAAUGUUUCCCUAUGGCGUUUCUUGUUGAACAAGCUGGAGGACAAGCUACUACUGGGACUACGAGGGUGCUUGAUAUUGUGCCUACCCAAAUCCAUGCUAGAGCUCCCAUCUUCUUGGGUAGUAAAGAUGAUGUCGAAGAUCUCAAGAACGUUUACGCUAAACACUCUACGUCAUAG